AUGCGAGACACGCGACGGCAGGCGACAACUUCUCUGGAAUUUGGAAAGGUUUGUCUCUGUCUUGUGUCUUGUCCCUGGCUGGAGGAGUCUUCUUCGCGGGACGAGAGAGAAGAGAUGAAAGGUCUAAACCUAGCUCGCCUCGGGCCUCGGCACCUCCUUCAUUCACCGCCGCCGCCGCCUCUGAGCUCUCCCUUCUUUUCACCCAGCGGAGCAGCAGCAGUAGCAGGUUUCUUCUUCUCACCCGAUGGCCAGCAGCAACCAGACUUCCUUCUUCUCACCCGGCGGCCAGCAGCAGCAGCCAGGCUUCCUUCUGUCUGA